CGUUGCAAACGCACGCUUCGUGAAUUUUUCGCCAUGGUCUCCGAUGCCACCUCCUUGCGAGUGCUCGCCCGGCGGCGGCUGUUGGAUGGCAUGGUCAAGCACGUGCUGUGGGGCGCUGCUUUGCCAGGCUCCUCUUGGCAUGGCUCGGGCUACGAAGGGAAGGAGAGCGGUCGGACACGAUACUUGGUGCUCAUCGCUGACAAGUGGACGCUGCAGUUGCUGGAGCGCGUGUGCCAGAUGCACGACCUGCUGCUGGAGGGUAUCGCUCUCGUGGAGGCCAUCGACUCCCCGCGCGAGGGUUUGCCGCUGGAUGCGCUCUACUUCCUCUCCCCGACCCGGGAGAACAUGGAGCGCCUGGUGGAGGAUGUGCUGCUUCAGCAGGUGGCGCAGUCCCCGGAGGCCGUGGGCCGCCUCAGCAGCUUCGCGGAGCUGAACGUGAGCACCUUGUGCUACGAUGAGCGCUCCUUUCACCUGCAGGAGAGCAUAGGGAGGAGGCGGACGCCCGGAACCCCUUGA